AUGCCACAGAAACACAGAGUUGCCGUUGUUGGCUCCGGAAACUGGGGCUCAACAAUCGCCAAAAUUGUCGCGGAGAAUACGAAAGCGCACACUGAUGUCUUCGAAGAGCAAGUCCAAAUGUGGGUGUUUGACGAGGACGUUCAAGUCCCCGAGUCCUCGAAACACCGCAGCAAGUACGGCGACAAGACCUACAAACUCACCAAGCUCAUCAAUGAGACACAUGAGAACGUCAAGUACCUGCCUGAUAUCCGAUUGCCCGAUAAUCUCGUCGCAAACCCCGAUCUCCCGUCGACGGUGGACGGCGCAACGCUCCUUAUCUUUAACCUACCGCAUCAGUUUAUAUCGAAGACAUUGGAGCAGAUACAAGGGAAAAUUGUGCCGUACGCGCGUGGGAUCUCGUGUAUUAAGGGUGUAGAUGUGUCGGACGUGACGGUUACAUUAUACUCGGAGUUGAUCAUGGAGAAACUGGCUAUCUACUGCGGUUCCUUGUCGGGCGCCAACAUUGCCACAGAAGUGGCUGCGGAGAGAUUCUGCGAGACGACAAUCGGCUACGAUCCUCCACCCAUGGACCUCAAGUCCGACGAUGGUUCGCCCAAAGACAACUUGAUCAAGGUGGAUGAACAACGGCAAGAUAAAACCAAGCCUACACACGUCAAGCUACAGCCCGUCCCACAGGACUACCCUCACGUCGAUGGCAAAUUGUGGGACCUGCUAUUCUCGAGGCCAUACUUCAAGGUUCACGUUGUGCGAGAUGCAGCUGGUGUGUCCCUGGGUGGUGCGUUGAAGAACAUCGUGGCUCUGGCAACGGGUUUCGUGCAAGCCAAGGGAUGGGGAGAGAACACCAAGGCAGCUGUUCUCCGGCAAGGUGUGCUUGAGAUGGUCAGAUUCGGCCGGACCUGGUUCCCGCAAUCUGUCGACGAGCGGACGUUCACCGUUGAAAGCGCCGGUGUCGCGGAUCUUGUGGCAUCCUGCACGGCUGGUAGAAACUUCCGUUCUGCUUGUCACGCGGUAGAAAAGGGAGUUUCCGUAGAGGAGAUUGAAAAGACGGAGCUUAAUGGUCAGAAGCUACAGGGUCUUGGAACUGCCCAGUCGGUAUGGGAGUUCCUAUCGAAGCAUGAAAAGACCGAGGAGUUUCCUCUAUUUAAUGCUGUGCAUGGCAUCAUUGAGGGCAAAGCAUCGGUGGACGAUCUGCCAAAGUUGCUGCAGUGA